AUGUGUACCCCCUUCAACUGUAUCCGAGCUCACGUCACUCCUGAUGGUGACCUGUUGGCCAGAUUCAGAGUACCACUGCUGGAGGCAAUGGAUAACUUCGGAGCGUUGUUAACAUAUUCUAUGCCUCGGUACUUGUCAAGCUUUCGAGCCUUUCUUGACUCCUUUGACGUGAGCGGGCACGGGGAUCUAUCGUACGGAGCCAUGGUUCCAGACUCUAUCCUGUGUGAGUCGGGCGAAGAUGUGCGUGUGCUAAGGAUAGGGAGUGGAUCAGGAGAGAUUGACAGCGUCAUGUUAAAGAAGCUCCUACAGCGCCACAGCAGUGUGUACAUCAGGGUCGUGGAGCCGUCGGAAGAAAUGAUCGGGCGAUAUAAGUCGCUGGUACGUGAAGACACCGGCCUCGGCGCAGUGAAGUUUGACUGGCGCCAGCAGACAGCAGACGAGUACUUCACGACAAAGGAAGAGACAAAGUUUCACCUGAUCCACGCCGUCCACGUUCUAUACUAUGUGAAAGACCUUCACGCCACCUUGCGGAACAUGUGGGAAGAGCUAGCAGACGGUGGUUACAUGUUGAUCGCAAUGGAGUCAGAUAGAAGUGACUGGGGGAAGAUGGUGUACAGGCUGAGGGAAAUAUUCGGCCUAGGUGGAAGUUCAUCAGCUUUAUUCAGUUCACCCACAGAAAUCAAACAGUGGUUUGAUGAAAUGAAGAUCGGUUACGUCACUUCGGAGGAUGAGGUCAAUAUGAACGUCACGGCGUGUUUUAAGGAGGAGUCAGAGCCAGGAAAGUUGCUUCUCGACUUCCUGGUUCACACGCCCCACGUGUCCUCUGAGACAGAUUUGCGGGCAGCAGCCCUGGAGUAUAUUCUUCAGAACUCGUCGAUGGUUGAAGAUAAGAUUGUCCUUAAGUCAGUUAAUGAAGUCAUGGUGGCCUUCAAAACUUGUGAGUAACAAAAG